AUGGCUCCUCCCACGGGGCCAUUAAACCUCGACGUCGAGGCUAUAUCAGGUAUUUGCGGCUCCAUCUCCAUCGCAGCAUGGGUAGUGGUCUUCUCGCCGCAAAUCAUAGAAAACUUCCGACGAAGCUCCGCCGACGGCCUCUCGGUCCAAUUCAUCAUCAUCUGGCUCCUCGGCGAUGUCUUCAAUAUCCUCGGCGCCGUGCUACAGGGCGUCCUUCCUACAAUGCUGAUACUCGCAAUCUACUACACCAUUGCCGAUGUCGUCCUGCUCGCGCAGUGCUUCUCCUACAAGGGCUUCACAUGGAAGGACGAGGUCGUACCGCCGCCGAAGAAGCCAUCCAAUGGCCAUGCUGCCGGCGAGCCGAAUGAGAGAACGGGGCUUCUGCACGCAGAUUUGGACGAGAGGGAGAGGAGGGGCAGCGGAUGGUCGCACCUGAGCCCAGCGGUCCCUUUGGUGUCGGAGAACCCCACCACUCCUCCGCCGACGCCGACAAGACUACAGUCAUUCCUCUGGAACCUGGUGGCUGUUCUCAUGGUCUGUGCCUCAGGUGUACUGGGUUGGGUGUUCAGCCGGGAGUACUCUCGUAGCGCACCCAGCUUGCCUGCUGAAGAGGGUCUUCCGACUUUUGACGUUUGGGGCCAGAUCUUUGGGUGGCUGUGUGCCGUACUGUAUCUGGGUUCUCGUCUUCCCCAGCUCCUGCUUAACUGGCGGCGCAAGUCAACUGAGGGAGUCAGCAUCCUCUUCUUCCUCUUUGCCUGCCUGGGCAACCUCACCUAUGUCCUGUCCAUCUUCGCCUACGACCCCAAGUGUGGUCAUAGAUGUCACCCCGGCGAGGCUAGCAGGAUAUACGGCAGAUACAUCCUCGUCAACCUCUCUUGGGUGGCUGGUAGCUUGGGUACAUUGCUCCUGGAUCUGGGCAUAUUCGCCCAGUUCUUCAUCUAUAGCACGGAUGAAGCGGAGUCAGAUGAAGAGGAGGCUGUUGAAGAUGACGAGAACAGCAUCAAUGAGCAACGGUGGGAUCAGCGGCCACUUUUGGAACGCACAGGCUCUGGCGAUCCAUAA